CAGUUUACAAUUUAACUUCAAUGAAUCGAGUAUAGUUUUUCGAUAGAGUCUUUUACACAAUACAAAAUUUUUUGUUUAAAGAUUUAACUUUCUCUUUUGCUAAAUUAAUAGUAUAUAAUUUGCAAAAAUGCUUAAAAAAUUUGUCGAGGUUAAUGCGGACGAGAGUCCUUCAGUAAAUCCAUAUGCCGUACGCACCUAUAUGGGUGAUAAUGUUACAACGGAAUGGAAAGUUGAGAAUUGCCCGCCUCGGGAUCGAGUUUGCAUGAAGAAACCGCCAAAUUCCACAAUUUCACAUGUUCUAACCAUUGAGGAUGAGCUGCGACGUCUGCAUCAAAAAGCCGAAGAGUCUCGGUUCGCUCGUCCUUAUAAAAAAAGUUGCGAUCUCUACGAUGAGUUCACAAUGUGCAUCAUACCACAACGGCUGCCAGGCGAACUAAAGACAAAUGCCGAAAUGCGCGAGCGCAUCCUGUUGUCUAAAACGGAUGCUGGACUCGUUGAGCACGAUGCGCGUCUAUCUAAGUCCUGCCCCAAGGAUUUAGUUGUACUAAAUAGUCCGAUGAACUUGAAUGAAGAGGAAGAGGAGGAAGACGCCGGCGAGGAGGAAGAGACCGAAGUCAAGCCACAAAAAGCCACGCCCGAAUGUUCUUCCAGCAUGAUUAUUAUACCCGACAAACGCAUGCUUGAGUUGAAACGCCCCAAGAGUCGCAUUUAUUUGAAUGAAACACAAGUCGGACCCUUGGAAGAGCUGCCGUUCCCCACAUAUGAUCCACGCGUCAUUCAAGAGAGCUUGGAGGGUGAAAAUCUGAGAUCAUACGACAUUAUCGAAGGCUGCAAUCCCCAAGAUCUGUGGACCUGGAAUGUGGGCUUGCAGAAGCGUGAAAUCGAAAUGGAUCAAGAUUUCAUAACAGCUUCGUUGCCUAAAUAUGGUCACGACGUCGGACUCACCGUCUAUAAUAUACCCACGCAGCUGGAGAAGACAUUCACAGCCGAGAUCGUGUUUGGCAAUCGUAACAUUUAUCCUGAACCCAAAAAGGAACCACAUCGUUCAAACUUUUACAAUCGACCCAGCGAGGUGGCCUGCAUCAUUGUGGCCUUCGUGGAGACCUAUCAAGUGAAUCCCGAUUUCUGGACGGCCGGUACCAUGGACGGCAUACUGAAACGUGGCGUAAAGCUGACAAAGAAGAGCAUCUCACUCAAUUACAAAUCGGAGGACACCGACUUUGACAUACUGCCCCAGGUGAUGGAGCGCCAGGCAGCUGUCAAGAUCAAGAUCCACUUCACGGGCCUGUUCAAGAAUGAGCCCAAUCUGUAUAAGGCGCUGUCGCUGUACUUCUCCAAGUACAACGCCUGCAUCUUUGUCUCGCGCGACAUGUUCAUGUUGAUCUGGAAGCGUUGCGUCGACUCCUUCUUCAUCUUCGAUCCGAAUGGCCGCAACGAGCUGUGCCAGCGUGACUUCGAGGACGGCAUGUGCUCGCUGAUGGCGACACGGUUCAUGGAGCAUCUGGUGCACUUGAUAACCCAGUUCAGCGACUUGACGGGCGAGGAUGAGUUUAGCAUAUACGAGAUAGCUCUGUCUCAGUACGGCAAACUGAAGGAGCCGAUCAUUGGUAAGAGCAAGGCGCAGCCUUUCCACAAGCUGUGGGCCGUGGUUAACGAGAACUUUGCGGUUAAGACGGGCGGCAAUAGCGGCAUUCAGCAGCCCAUCUCUGGCAAGGAGAAAAAUGCCUCGCUCGUUGUCUCGCUGAUUGCGCUGAUCUACUCGGAGUUCGAGCUGGCCAAGGUGUGGCGCCCCAUGACCAUUGACGAUAUCAUUCGGUACGGCGUUGCCUACUACAAGACGCUGCGCAAAAAGUUUCGCUUGGAUGGCAAGCGCUGGAAGAACAAGAAGCCCGAACUGAACGUCGUCGACUUGCCGGAGAUGUUCCUGAUGGGCGCAUUCAAGGCCACAGUGCGCAAGAAGCCUUUCCUAAUUACCGGCCAUGUCACCGACUGCAAGACGUACCUGGAAUCGCAGCUGACGCACGCCUUGUACAAUCUCUUCAAGAUGCCGGAGUGGCCAGCUGCCCUGCUGCAGAUCGACAACUCCGUGCUGGGCGUGUGGCGGGACCGUGAAUUCUUCUAUGCCUUCGAUCCGUUUCGACGCAAUCGCGUGGGCAUGGUGGUGGAUCCCGAUGAUUAUCGUAUCAAGGGUCUGGCAGUCCUGCAGAUGCACACCACAUUCGAUUCCUUUGUGCGUAUCAUUUACCAGAACGCGUUGAAGAUGCGACGCGGUGGUAAAUUCUUCAUUCACGGCAUUCGCACGGGCUGCAUACGGCCGCUGCAGGUGAUGACGCAGGAGUCGAACAAGUUUCCGGCGAUGCAAAUGGGUCUGCCCACGUUCACCGACGAGCCGGGAGAGGCGCCGCUGGCGCAAAAGCAGAGCAUCGAGAGCAUUCCGGAGGAGGAGCGAUUUCCCACCAAAGAGGAGCGCGAAUUCGCCGAGGAACUCAUUCUGGAAAUCAUCAAUUCGAUUAUUAAGGAAAUACCUGAGCAGAGACUGGAGCGGCCCUAUAUGUACAGACAGGCACAGAAGGUACUCCUGGCCUCAGACAAGGAGAACCUGCGUGCGCUGCGUCUGAAGAUCAAGCGCGGCUACGAGCUGGAAGAGGAGGAGCCGGUCGAUCUGAAGCGUGUGCUGACCAUCGAGGAAGAGCUAGAGCUCAAGUCCAACUACCAAACGCUGCAUGAUGGCGCCUACAUCAUAAUGGGCACCACGAAGCUACCUCAACUGGAUCCCGAAAUGACCAAGCUGGGCGGUGUGCUGGCUGCCCUAGUGGCCACCGCAGUCUCCGCCAAGUACAAGGUGUCCACCUGGAACGCCGAGCUGGUUGAGUUCUGCAUCUAUUCGGUUAACAAGUUUGGUGAGGAGUAUCAGAACUACGAGCUAAUCCUCGCCUGCCUGCUGAACAAGAAACUGCCGGACAUUGCCGUAGGCGAGAGCAACUUCUCGUUGGUGGUGAGCGAGGUGUACAAGUCCUCGGUGUCAUCGUCGCUCCGUCAAGAUCUUCUCGAGCUGCUCAUCGACAAUAACCGGGUGCUGGUUGUCUGCCAGCAUUUCUCCUGCGUCAUAUUCAAGCGCUACAAUCUGCUGUACAUGUUCAUUGGCUUUCCGUGCAAUGCGGUGGGAUAUCGCAAGGGCGGAGCAGGCCCGGCCUGCAUGAUGCGCUUCAUUGAGCUGGACUCGCUGAUCCGUCGCAUUGAGUUCGGCUGCAAUCCCCAGGGCUGUUCGGUGAUGAACUACAUUGUGGCUGCCAUUAAGAUUGUGGAUAAUAAUAUCAAGGGCCAUUUCCGACGCUGGAACAAGGCGGAUGAGGACGCUGAGUAUAAUGCAGAGCUGGCGCGCAAGAAUAAAAUGCAAGAGCAGCGCCUGGAGAAGAUGCGCGUGAUUGAUGAGGAGCUGAGGAAGGAGAAUAAGCGUAUUCAGGACUAUCUGACGGCCAAACAGGCGCACGAAGAUCGUAAGAAGGGCAAGAAACCCGAGUACAAGGAUCUGGGUAUCGACGAGGGCGUUGACGAGGAGCAACUGGAGCUCAUGGAAAUGGAUGAGGAGGAGGAGGGCGAGGGUGAAGAAGAAGUGGAACUGAAGCACAAGCCCGGCAAGCAUCUGCCCAAGGAGGUGCGCAAGGCCUACAAGCCGCGUCCCAUCCUCUAUGGCUAUCGCAUGCGCGAAAAGGAUUGCAACUUCAAGAUCCAGGGCAGCAUGAACCUGGAGGGCCGCGCAGAUGGCAGCUUCAAGGAGAUCAAGCCUUGCUACUUUGCCUCUGCCCUGGCCAUACUCAGCGUCUCGCUGCGUCCACUCAAUCGCUGGAACUCGUACCGCAUCGACCGAGUGAUCACCCAUGCCAAGUCGAUAGCGACGCGCGUCUGUGAUCUGGAGUCCGUUUUCGAGCGUGUGGUGCGCCACGUAACGAUUGAUGAGUAUGAGUUCGACAUCUGGAUCCGCAUCCUAGAGCCGCUGGGCAUGUGGACGCCGGCACCGAAACCAGUUACACUGUCUCCCGAUGCAGCGCUGGUCACGAUCAAGAAGAAGAUGCAGAAAUUGCUAAACACGCGCAAAUAUCUGAUGAUAUUUACGCCGAACGGUUGCUUCGCCCUUUACCACGACGAGUUCUAUCAUUUGUUCGAUCCGUAUGCGAGCAUGGACAAGCCAGGCGAGGAGGAGGAGGAGGAGGCGGCCGACGCCGGCGGCGAAGAGGGUGACAAGAAAAAGAAGAAGAAGUGCCCGAAGGGACCCAAACGCUACCCAGAGCGCAACACCGCCUCCUGGGUGCUCUUUGCCGACGUGGAGAGCAUGUUCAAGUAUAUAGAUAAGCGUAGCUCCCAGCCAGACUGGAAGGAGCGCAACCAGUACAUGUUCUAUGUGGUCGACGUGCUCUCAUACAAGAAGGCAGCGCCCAAUGCACGCAUCCUACAGCUGCUGACUGAUCUGUCGAUACCCAUGACCUGCUCCAAUCGCCAGUACGGACGGCCGGAGUAUGAGAUAUGUGCCACCAACGAGUCCCUGGGCUGGCUGGAGCUGGAGAACUGCCUGCCCGUCUGGAGUCGCAUGAACCGUCGCAACACAGCUGGAAAGUAUCGCAACCUGCCGCUGAGCAAGCUCAAGAAGUACGACGUGGAGAUCGAAGGCCGUCUCUGGUCCCUGUGGGGCAAUCUCCAUCCGGAGGCGCCGGUCUUCGAAGACUCGCUGCGUGGCCGGCAGUACCUGGCCAUCUAUGUGGUUGCCUGCUGUGCGGCCAGCGUGUACAACCUAAUGGACUGGAGUGCUCAGCUGCUCGACACGAUUGUCGUGAGUGGCAACAAAUACUUCCAAGAGAGCAUUGCGCAAAUCACUCAGGAAGACUACGAGUUCUCCUUGGAGAACCUCAACAUUGACUGCUCACUCGAAACAAUCAACUUUGUGGUUCACAUCGAGCAUGUCUGCUAUGGCAAGCUCUACCGCGUGCCCACAUUCAAUCGGAUGAAUCUCUCCGAGGCGCUCAUCUACUUCUUCAGCCACUACCAAUUCGGCGUGGUGAUGGUGCGUAAGCGUGCUCUGGCCAUUGGCUUCUGUCCGGGCCACGACGGAGGAUACUUCAUGUACGAUUGCCAGGAGAAGGAUCAACCGCUGUUCCCCAAGCAGCAGGGCGCCUCGUAUCUGCUGCGCACUCGGCAUCUGCAGGUGCUGCUCUACUGCAUCGUCGUAACCCUGAAUGUGCCCUUCUACAACAUUGACUUCAGCAUCCACAAGGUGGAGAUGCUGCGUGAGGGCGCUACAGUCGAGAACGAAGAGGAGGAGGAGGAGGGUGAUCAGUAGAGCUGUAGUGCAGUGGCGGUCUUCGAGUGUAGUUAGUGACGACUAUAUCUGUGUUUUAGAAGUAAUUAUUAAAUAUAUUGAAUUUUAUAGAACGGCUUUCCAAUAAACUGAACAACCACAAAACAGA